AUGGCAGACAACAAAAAACGCCGGCGGAAGGAUCCAAUCGGCGACGAGCUCCCCUUCAAGAACAAGCUGAAACCCGACGAGUCAAUCCUCGAAACCCUAAAAGACUUCUCCACCGCAUCCUCUUCCUCCUCCGUCCCUCAAACCCUAACGCUUCAGGACCUGGCCCUCCCAUUCCGGUGCCGAGAGGUGGCGGACCUGUCCCUCACCUCAGUGCAGUCCAACAUCGAGUCCCUCAUCCUGAAGAUCGCGCACUCCAUACUCUCCGGGCAAGGCUUCUCCUUCGACGUGCCCUCGCGCUCCGCCGCCAACCAGCUCUACGUGGCGGAGCUGGACCGCAUCGUGCUGAAGGAUAAGUCCUCCCAACGUCCCUUCGCCAACAUCUCCACCGUGCGCAAGUCCGCCAUCACCGCCCGCAUCCUCCAACUCAUCCACCAGCUCUGUCUCAAGGGCAUCCACGUCACUAAGCGUGACCUCUUCUACACCGACGUCAAACUCUUCCAAGACCAGAUCCAAUCCGAUGCUGUUCUGGAUGAUGUUUCGUGUAUGCUGGGGUGCACUAGGUCCAGCCUCAAUGUUGUAGCUGCAGAGAAAGGGGUGGUGGUUGGGAGGUUGAUUUUCAGUGACAAUGGGGAUAUGAUUGAUUGCACUAAAAUGGGGAUGGGAGGAAAGGCGAUUCCACCUAAUAUUGAUCGAGUUGGGGAUAUGCAGAGUGACGCAUUGUUCAUUCUGUUGGUGGAGAAGGAUGCUGCUUACAUGAGGUUGGCUGAGGAUAGGUUCUACAACCGCUUUCCAUGCAUAAUUGUAACUGCAAAAGGCCAGCCAGAUGUUUCCACUAGGCUGUUCUUGAGGAAGAUGAAGACGGAGUUGAAGCUGCCAGUGCUGGCUCUCGUUGACAGUGAUCCUUACGGGUUAAAGAUUCUGUCGGUUUAUGGGUGUGGGUCAAAGAACAUGUCCUAUGACAGUGCCAACUUGACUACUCCUGAUAUCAAGUGGCUUGGGGUUCGGCCAAGUGAUUUGGACAAGUACAAGAUACCUGAGCAGUGUAGGUUGCCAAUGACGGAGCAGGAUAUUAAGACUGGGAAGGACUUGUUGGAGGAGGAUUUUGUUAAAAAAAAUCCAGGUUGGGUUGAGGAAUUAAGUUUGAUGGUCAAAACUAAGCAGAAAGCUGAAAUACAGGCUUUGAGUACCUUUGGUUUUCAAUAUCUUUCAGAAGUUUAUUUGCCCUUGAAGUUACAGCAGAAGGACUGGCUGUGA